AUGGAGCCGGCGACGGGGCUGCUGCGGCGGCCGGCCCGCUUCGGGCUCCUGCUGGCCGCCUACGGGCUCUUCCUGCUGCUGGGCGCCGUCGUCUUCGCCGCCCUGGAGGCGCCCGCCGAGCGCGCCUUGCUGGCCGCCCUGCGCGCCGCCCGCGCCUCGCUGCUGGCCGAGCACCGGCCCUGCCUGGCCGAGCAUCAGCUGGCCGGGCUGCUCCGGGGCGUCCUGGCCGCCCGCGGCUACGGCGCCUUCGCCCUGGGCAACGGCUCGGCCGACCCCGCCUGGGAGUUCACCUCGGCGCUCUUCUUCGCCGCCAGCGCCCUCACCACCACCGGUUAUGGAAACAUGGUUCCUCUCUCGGACUGGGGCAAAAUUAUCAGCAUCCUUUACUGCUUCGUGGGCAUCCCAGUGACCAUAUUGUUCGUCAGAUGUUUACUCCGCUGCCUGUUGCCUGUCCUCACCUACCGGCCGGUGCGAUACAUUCACAGCCGCUGGGGCUUCCCGUGGGCACACGUGGCCUUAGGCCACUCGAUGGUCCUGGGGCUGGCCACCCUGACCCUCUUCAUCUUGAUCCCGGCCAUUUGCUUCUGGAUCUUAAAGGACAACUGGACCUUUCUGGAGUCCAUCUAUUUCUGCUUCAUCUCGCUCAGCACCAUUGGGUUGGGGGAUUUUGUACCCCGCGUCAUGUCUCCCCCAUCGCUUCACGGGUUUUACGAGCUGAGCAUCACGUGCUACCUACUUACCGGUGUGCUAGCCAUGCUCGUGACCCUGGAAACAGUUUACCAACUGAAAGAAGUCCGCGCUCUUAUCCGUUUCUUUGCUCCGUCCCGCAGCUCCACGCCGGAGGAGGAGGAUCGUGUGGGAAUCGUGAGCAGGGAUCAACUUGCAUUGACCUCCGAUCUCGGACGCUGCACCCCGAGGAAUUUAACUGAAAGAGGUGACCCUUAA